AUGAUGAACAUGUCCAUUACCAAAGAAUUCCAAAUUGUGGCAUUUUCUAGUGAUGGUAUGAGGCAGCCAUUUUUGUUUGUUUUCUUCUUUGCCGUUUACUUAAUUGGUAUUCUUGGAAAUCUCCUUAUCUUUGUGGUCAUUGUAGCAGACAGACAUCUGCACACCCCCAUGUACGUCUUCCUAUGUAACCUGUCUUCUGUAGAUAUCAGUUACAUGAAUAUUACCCUUCCAAAACUAAUGUACAUUCUUCUAUCGGGGGACAACUCAAUAUCUUUUAUACAAUGCUUUACUCAACUGUACUUCUACAAUUUCAUUGUUGGUACGGAGAUUAUUUUGCUGUCAGUCAUGGCUUAUGAUCGGUACGUGGCUAUUUGUAAACCUUUACACUAUCAUCUCAUCAUGAAAAGGAAGAACAUCAUCCUGCUAUUGUGUACAAAUUGGUUAUCGGGAUGUUUGAACUCCUUACUUUUGAUUUGCCUCGCCUCAAGAUUGUCCUUUUGCCGUUCCUUAAAGAUUCAUCACUUUUAUUGUGACGCAAAAGCUUUAGUAAAAAUUUCAUGUCCCUCCAAUUCCUUCAAAGUAAUACUUAACCUUGAAUCUCUACUAUUUGGGCCAGUUCCAUUUAUGAUUGGCUUGUUGUCCUAUAUACAGAUCAUUCGAGCCAUAAUGCAAAUAAAGUCAACUAAUAGUAGAAGAAAAGCUUUCUCCACCUGUACAUCUCAUCUGACUGUUCUCAGCAUCUUCUAUGGAACAGUUAUUUGCACAUAUAUGACCCCAGUCUCUGAGAAUUCGGAAAUUUUUGAUCAAAUAUUCUCAGUAUUAUACACGGCAGUGACUCCCAUGUUAAACCCGCUAAUAUACAGUCUUCGAAAUAAAGAUGUAAAAAAUGCAAUUUAUCUUCUUCUAUCGCACAAAUAA